AUAACGUGUGUCUCAACGGACUGAAAUUGAAGAUGUUCGUAAUUCUGUUUCACUUCUCUGCGCUGUUUUCAUAGUUUUUAAUCAUGCUGGUUGCGCGAUCGGUUAUCAGAAGUCAAGGCCUGAGGUAUGCUUCUUUCGUUUCGUGUGCCCUUCAUGCGGCAGAAGUAUUUAUAAUGCUGAAGGUUUUACCAACGAAGUCAUGUUUGUUCCCGUAAAUUGUUGCAAUCUUACGCAACGCGAUCGAGCCCUGUUCGCAGGGAUUGGUGAAUGAAUGAAAAUCCUCGAUUUUUUUUAGGAUAGAGUCUUCUUAAAUAGCUUAUGCAACUUGCGGAGGUUUUUAAGCUAAUUAAGGGGAAAGAGGGAUAUAUUUAGCAGUUUAACACAUUUGGGUCUACGAUAUUGCAUAGGAAAUAUCCUAUUUAUAACAUGCUUUGGCAGAGCAUCCACAUUCGUAGAGCUUGAGAUCGUUUAUUUCUUCUACAACGUUAAACAGGCGAAAGAAUUUGCGGCUGAAACGCUUGGUCAUUUCCGCUCUUUUGAUCACGAGCGUUAUGUACAAUAGAGAACUUUUGGAGGCUGACCAAGAAUGAAAACGCUUCCUUAGCAAUAACAAAACAAAAUACCGAUUGAUGUCAUGGAAAUUUUGUGAACUUUGUUGGAACACGCAGGUCAGAGAGAACUAAUAGUGAUGAUGACCUUGUAAAAAGCAAACUUAUGUUAAAAAAGAUUUAUUACUUUUGGUAUGAAAAAAAAAAUCUUCUUUUCAUUGUUUGGGUGUACCGAUUGUGAAAAAAUUUAUUAAAGGAAUCAAUUAUGAAUUAGUAGGUCUUCUCAAUUUAAAAUAAAAUCGCAGUUCUAAAAAUGGAAAGCAGACGAACAGACUUUUAUUUUUAGUAUUAUGUCUUAAAUAUUUCCUAGUCACAUCAGUAACAACAGGUAAUUUUUUUCCCUUUCGGAAGUUUUUAUCAACACUGAUAAAUUUGACAGCUGAAACUUUCGGCUGGGUGGGACUCUAAGUGACAAUAAGGUGGGAGAUUAUCCACAAAGUUGAAGUUCCUCAUCAGGAUCUUUUAUCCUGUAGAGGGUGUAGAAAAGUUUUUUCUCGUUUCCAGCUUCCUGUUCCAAAAUUAUUCUAGAUAGUAGCUCAGCAAUAAUUAGCACACUAGCUGAAUAACCUUAUUUACAAACAGCAAUGGUCUGUUCAUCACCAUUGUGUCAUUGAACUGUUAUAUUUUUAAUUGUAAUUAUUUCUGAUUAUUAUUAACCAGAAUCCUUGGUGCUAGAAGUGUAGUUUCUCUGCCUCCCAAUGAACCAGCAACGAACUUGAACCCAGGCAGCACUGACCUUAAAGAGUUGAAAGCAGAAAUCCAGAGAAUUCAUGGUGAAUGCCUGGAAAUUCCAUGUGUUGUUGGUGGAAAGGAAAUCUAUACUGGAAACACAGGAUACCAAGUGGUGGUAUGUUACAGGAUCAUUUGAACAUCUUGUGCUAGCCCCCUUACUGGUAGCAAAACUUGAAAGAAUUAUUUUACAUAUCUUAAUAAAAUGAAUCUGUAUCCUUAGCUUGGUUUUCUCUGUUUAUUUCCUUUGUAGCCCUACAACCACUCUCUGAAGAUUGCCAAAUUUCACAUGGCAACUGAGGUAAUUGUUUUCUUUUUGUUUGUAAUAAGUUAUUUAUUCGAAAUACUAGAAAAUAUAAAUCAUAUGUGCGCUGCGGUUGAAGAAACAAUUAUAGCAUCAAUCCUUGCAGUUGUGAACACUUCUGAACCAGAAAUUGAAAUAAGACCUAAAAAAAUUUCGGGCCCAUAUGGGAUUUGAACCCAUGACCUCUGCGAUAUCAGUGCAGUGCUCUACCAACUGAGCUGACAAGCCAACUGGGAGCUGGUCAUUAUGUUGGAUCCAAAUAAACCAUCCAAGUGAUGAAUAAUGAUUUUAGAUAUAUGAAAUUCAUAUAUUUGCACUGUGGUGAAAAAACAAAAUUAAGAGAUCCUUGCAGCUAAGAACACUACUGAAACGAGUAGUUGAAAAUAGAACCUGAAAAAAAUUCAGGCCCAUACAAGAUUUGAACCCAUGACCUCUGCAAUACCAGUGCAGUGCUCUACCAACUGAACUAACAAGCCAACUGAGAGCUGGUCAUUAUGUUGGAUCCAAAUAAACCUUUGAAGUCUUGACACAUCAUAAUUAAAUGAUUUAUUGUUUAUAUGUAUGGUUGUAGGAAGUGAUAAAGAAGGCUAUUGACAGUGCCAUGGCUGCAAGAAAAGAUUGGGAACGUACACCUCUUGAACACCGGUGAGGUCUUUGAGGUUUAAACCAUUUCAUUGAACAUGGGCAAUUUGUCUCAAUGGCAUUAUUCUUUUUUGUUUUUCAGGGCAGCCAUCUUUCACAAGGUUGCAGAUUUGAUUACAGGAAAAUACAGAAUCCCAUCUCUAGCUGUCACAAUGGUGGGACAGGUGUGUUGAGUCCUAGGUAGACUACAGUCAUCUCACGAUAACUCUAACCUUUAACCCUUUGACCUCUAAGAGGGACCAACAUCUAAAUUCUCAUACUAGCACCCCUGAAUCACACAUUAAGGUCAUGAGAAUAAAGGAAAUGAUGACCAGCCAGAGAAAGUUGUGAUUGUUAAACAAAUUCUCCUAGACAGUAACUUAGUAAAUGUAUAUAGAAAAGUGUGGAGAAUAUGCAUACUGAUAUUAUGGUAAAGGGAAAUUGAAAAAGGUUCAAGUUAUUGGGAGUUUUGAAUUAACAGGAGUUGAAAACAAAAGACCUGAAAUAAGAGAAAAGAUAUUCACUUUUUUCUAUUCAUGCAGUAUAAAUCAGAAGGUGGAGUUAAGCAGCAAGUCCUUGUGAAGUACUGUUAGUUAACCCUUUAACUCCCAAGAUCUAAUUAUUAAUUCUCCCCGUGCAGCUGCUACACAUUUCCUUGUAAAUUGGUUAUGAGAACUUGGUGCUAGAUCAAGAUAGCGGCUUCUACCUGAUAAGUUUGAAUAUUCUCAUUACCUGUUUGCUGAAUAAUGUAUGGAUAUUGUAGGGAGAAGUUUUAUGUUAAUCACUUCUGGAAGUUAAAGGGUUAAAUGUGCCUUAAGUACUAGAAUGACAAGUUUCGUGAAAUGCAAAAAAGGGACAAAGACUAGUUGGAUGCUUUAAAAUAUAUUAAAUGCUUUGGACUGCAGUACAUUGUUUGUUUUCAUUUGUCACAUAUUGACAGAUUUAGCUUGACAGGGUUUGAGUUAUCAAAGGUUAAAAAUAUAUGACUUGACAGGAAAAAAAAUUUCUUUGAAUUAGAGGGAGGUGUGAGUUAUUGAGGGUUCAGGUUAGUGAUGGUUAAGUUAUUGUAAAUGUAUGACAGAUGACAUGCACUAAUAAUGUUUAAUUUCAAUCAAGAAUAAAAAUAUGAUUCUUUCAGGCUAAAACUGCAUUUGAGGCUGAUAUUGACUGUGUUCAGGAGAUAGCUGAUUUUUAUAGAUUUGGAAUUCAUUAUGCAAAGGUAAAAACCAGUAUUAGAAAUACUAAAACACUGAAAGGUUUUAUGACCAUUAUCAAAUAAGUCACAUGUCUUUUUAUUCAUUACAUUAUAUAUUAUUUCCUUGAAUAAGCCCCUGGGCACUUCUUUAAAAUUUCUCCUAUUGGGAGGGGUGCUUGUUAGAAGGAGGGCACUUAAUUGAGGGGUGCUUAUUAGAGGGAGGGCACUUCGUUAAGGGGUGUUUAUUACAAGGAGGGCACUUCAUUGAGGGGUAUUUAUUUGAAGAAGAGGGGUGCUUAUUAGAAGAAGGGCACUUCAUUGAGGGAUGCUUAUCAGAAGGAAGGCACUUCAUUGAGGGGUGCUUAUUAGAAGGAGGGCACUUCAUUGAGGGGUGCUUAUUAGAAGGAGGGCACUUCAUUGAGGGGUGCUUGUUAGAAGGAGGGCACUUUAUUGAUGAGUGCUUAUGAGAAGGAGGGCACCUUAUUGAGGGGUGAUUAUGAGGUUACCACAAGCAUAAGAAAAAAAAUUAAAAGAAGGGAUGAUGCACAUAAAGGAAUUCUCCAAGCACAAGGAGAUAGAAAGAACUGGAAUGGAGAAGAAACUUAUCUCCUAAACUUAUUUUUUUGUAGUAGAAGUGUAAAAAGUUGUACAUAAAGUGGCAAGAGAAACAGGUUUUCCUUGUAUCCUUACUAUUUAAGAAAGGGAGGGAGGAGGGGUUGUUUAUUUGUGAGGGGUGCCUGGUUGACAUUUUGGCCAAGGAGGGUGGGUACUUAUUUAGGGUAGGGCGCUUAUUAGAGGGUGGCCACCUUUGAAGCAAUAGGCUAUUGAAUGUGGUCUAACAUUUAAGUUCAUGGUCAUUGGCCUGGGUGGGGCAGUGAAAGCCUAGUGAACAGUACCAGUACAUGAUUUGUUUUGUUUCUAAUCAGGUUUUAUUCAUUGCUUUGCCUUAAAUGUGUACAUUUAUUCUGAUGAAUAUAUGACUGUGAAUAUAUCUAAAUUAUAGAUUUUUCUGUGAUGGCUUUCGAUUUAAUCCAGUUUACAUGAUUGUACUCUUCAACUUGCCUAGAAGGAUUUGAAGUUGCAAGUAAAAUUUUUAUCUCAGAAUUGAAGUCACAAUGGAUAUUCAGUAAGAGACACUUCAAGUCACAAAUUUAUGUGGAUUUGGUUGCAGGAACUGCAUGAUGGUGUAGAGCUUCACCAAUCUAGAGGGGCAAUCAACCAACUCAAAUACAGAGGUCUGGAGGUAAAUCACUCAGGUUUAUUAAAAAAUUAAAUAAAAAUUUAAAAUUAACAAUUGGUUCAUAUGUCAGCGUGCGUUCAUUGAGAUAUGAAGCACACGGGAAGUUUGGAGAGCACAAAAGAUGUGUAAGAGUUGCUCAAAGCAUAGCCAAGAGCAACUCUAGCUUCUUGAGUGCUCUCCAAACUUCCCAAGUGCUUCAUAUCUCGAUGAACGUACAGCUGAUGUAUGAACCAAUUGUGUUAUAACAUUUUCAACCUGAUGGAAAUUUUUUUUCGCGAGGGAUUUGUUUGCUGAUGUCAUGAGCGUGCACAAUAGGAAUAUGAAGCACGCUUGCACAAUUGAAUUUGAUUAGACGAAUUUACUAGCUAUGUUAUAAUACAUUUUGUUGUCUUUCCACCACUAUGCCAUUUUAUUUUGUAAGGGCAUCAGAAUACAUAAAAUUAGAUUAUCAUGUUAUAAGUAUUGGUAAUAACAUGAUUUUGGGUGCCAUUUGGUUUUAAUAAGCACAGGUAAAUUUUUUGAAGACAAAAAAAUUGCAUGAGCCCCUAGGGCAAGUGCAAGUUGUAAUCUUUGAAACAUUGAAAAAGUGCCUACAAUGCUAAGUUGCACAAGAAAUCAUGUUUUUACUUGUUAAUAAUAUACAUGAAAAAACAUCACAGAGAGUCAAGACAAAAUAAUGUAAAUUUUGGCAGCAUGCACACUAUUUGAGAGUGCACUCGUUUUCAGCCAGUCAGACAUGCAUAACUUUUUUAUGUACAUUAGUACACUGAAAAACAGGGCAAAAAUACUGGUGGAAAGUAGGGUAACAAAAUGACUGUAUUGAAUGGUACUUUGAGUUAUCCACCUUUGUUAUUUGUUAAACCAUCAAUUAACAUGUAUAUAAUUUCCCCCUGCCACCCCAAGGGUUUUGUUGCUGCUAUUUCACCUUUUAACUUCACUGCUAUUGGUGGAAACUUAGCUGGUACCCCAGCAAUUGUGGGCAAUGUUGUUCUCUGGAAACCUGCCUUAACAACAAUGUUGGCCAGUUACCUGGUGUACAAAAUCUUCCAAGAGGCUGGUGUUCCUGAUGGUAAUGAAUCUUUUUUUUAUUGUUUAUUCAUAAGCGGCUGAAAAUAAUGCUAGUCUAGAAUCAAAUAGUCGUUAGAGACCAAGGCUGUCAUUAACCUCUUUGCUCUUGAGAAAUGUACUAAGCUAGAAAUCCUCCCCACUCAUUGCCAUAAAUUUCUUUGUUGGCUAAUAGUGAGAAUUUUGUUACAGAACAAAAUAAAAUAUGGCUUUGAUUAUCGAGUUGAUACACUCCAUAAUCAUCAUUACCUGCCUGCUAGACAAAGUAGUUUUAUUUUGCAAGGCAAUUUAGUUAUCACUCAAAAGGGAUAAAGACUGUGAUUCACUAUAACCCUUGGCACGACAUGUUAUAUCCUUUGUCAAUCCUUAAAUUCGUACCUCUAAUCCUUGUAUGAUAUUGAUAUUUAUUUAUUCUGUAACAGUAAAUUUGUCCUAUUUACAAUCGUAUAAGGUUAUAAGUAAUUUGUGAAUGCUCAUAUAAUAGUUUUAGGUCAAACACGCGACCCACUUAUAAUAGCACUCAAGCUAAUUGUGGGCACAUGAAGACUUGUAAAUACAAAUCCAAGGAAUAAAAUGUACGUUUACACAAUUGUCAAGGUUGAGUUUUUGAGAGGUUGGUAACUUGCUGGGGUGCAAAAAACAUUUAAACUUUUUUUAUGACAGCUCUGCAGUCAUUAUGUGACAUCAAUUAGGAGCUUGACUCAGACAAUGACUUCCACUCAGGUUUUGUAAAUCAAAACAACACCCUAUCUUUUCAUAACCAUUCUCACUCAGAAAAUCAAAUUCUAUGAUCCUCUGAGGAGACUGUACAGAGACCAUCCUACCAUAAAUACAGGGCAUACAUUUUGUUUCCUGUGCUGUUGUCGCUGGAAAUGAUCUAGGGUUUUCUCAGUUGAUUAGUAAUAAAGGAACAUAAAUCCUCAGAGCUGUUGGUGUGAUCUAUCAAUUAUUUAUUUAUUAUUUUCUUGGCAGGUGUUGUGAACUUUAUUCCAUCAUCUGGCAAGACAUUUGGAGAUGUGAUAACAGCAUCACCUCAUUUAGCAGGAAUUAACUUUACUGGCAGCGUUGAGUAAGUUGCAGAGCCCUAUCUCCUUCCUGUGUCAUUUUCCCCCCUUUUUCCUCUGUGAGAAAAAAGAGAAUUGUGGGCUCAUCUUCCAGUCAGCAGCUGGCUACCAAGCAUGAGUAAUUUUCAUAAUGAUUGAAUCAUGUGUCAAUUUUCCUUCAAGUAAAUUAUGCAUAGUCUAUUUAAAAUUGAUUUAAGAAUGUAUUCUUAAAGAAAUGCUGCUAAUUUUCCAUGAGCCUGCAGGGCAGGUGUAAUUUUGGGAAGCAAGUGCUCAGAAUUUUCUUAGCAAAAUUAUGACUGUCAUCUUUGAUUUUAAUGGCAGCAGAAGGCUGGGGAGAGAAAGAAAUUUGUACCUUGGGGGUGAGCAGCAGUAAAAAAAUGAGGAGAGGGGUGGGGUGGGGGGGUGAAUAUUUUUGCCUCUCUUCAUUCCCCCAUGGUUGACUCUAAAUCCAAAUCAAACAUGGCCAGUUGAACAAACGAUUGCAUGCUUCUUAACGUUAACUCACCCUAAUAAGACGCCUGCACUGCAGGCUAAUUUUCCAUCUCUUCACUGUGUAAACUGUUGUGAUCACUUUGGUUUAUUUCUUCAGAACAUUUAGACACAUUUGGAAAAACGUUGCAGAGAACAUUGAUAUAUACAGGUAGGCCAACCAUGCCAGCUCAUACAUUAUUGUUAACCAUUUCAGUUUUAAGGUCUACAAAUACUUUAUCCACACUCAGUCAACGCUCCACUCAGUCUGCCAUUCUUUUUGUGCAAUUUUGACUCUAAGAAUUUGAUGUUUUAACUCUUUACACUGUCACAUCAGUAUACAUAUUCUCCGUACUGUUCACUAUACAUUUCCUAAGGAGCUGACAAGGAGAAUUUGUUUAAUAAUCAUGAGCUUCUUCAGUUGUUGAUCAUUUCCUUUAUUCUUGUCACUGUUACAUUUGAUUCAGGGGUGAUGUUUUAAGGAGAAAUUAGAUGCUGGUCACUCUUAGAGGUUAAAGGGUUAAAUGAAACUAUGUCCCUUUAGUAUAGGUAGUUUCCUUUCUUUACAUAACUUCUCCCUUUUGGUUGAAAAUGUUUUGGCACUGUUUGAGAGAGAGUGUUAAAUGGCUUAGAAAUCUUGGAAACAUUGUUUCAAGCAGGUUGAAAACCACUAGCCUUAAUCUUGUUCAGAUAAUAAAGGAAAAAUCAAAAAGGUGUUUGCUUUUUAGUGAUUUUCUGAGGUACAAUCAUCCUGCUAUUUUCAAACAGCAUUGAUCACAUACAGUAUCUUGAGAAUUCAAGAUUGUAUAAAAAGUUUGGGAAAGCCAUGAUUUUGGAGGAACCAUUUUGCCUACCAACCAGUGAGGUUGGUAGGCAUAUAUAAUUAGAUCUAGAACCGAGCCUUGGAAGUUACUAAAAACUGUUAAUUUACUUGUUAUUUUGUUUGCAGAACCUUCCCAAGAUUAAUUGGAGGUUUGUGAAAUCUCAGUUUUGAAGCAAGGUGUUUUUGAAAAGGUUCUUAAUAUGAAGAUUAAAACUCUUUAACCUUUUUUUUUUAUCUUGUGUAUGCGGUUGCAGAAUGUGGAGGAAAGAAUUUCCACUUUUUACAUGAGUCUGCUGACAUAGGUAAAGUUUGUUUGAUUUUGAGUUUCAUAAUUGCUAAUAGUAACUAACUAAUGAAAUAACAGCACUCCGUAUGGCUCGAGGGCUUCGCCUAGGGGCCAUAAAUCCGAAAGGAGGAAACUCAGUUCGUAACUUGCCGCACGGACGUCGAACAAGCGGCAUAACCACAGCGGCGUCAGUAUAAAUCAGCCUUCAGUCUCGAGUAUGUUCUUUCGAAGAGUUUAACCCCUUAACGAUAUUAAUAGUUUUCUGAAAGUCUUCAGAAUACCAUUAGGAGGGUAAAUCCUCCUUAUUCAUGCAAGCCUCGCGCACACCCGUUUUCCUUUCGUUAAAUCAAGGAGAACAUUUUACGUGGAACUUUUAAAUGAUCAACUCUAUACUCUGAAAAAGUUUUUUAAAAAUACUAAUUCAAUUUUCAACUCGUUGAAUAUUUCAGACACGGUGGUUAACUGCACCAUUAGAGCAUCUUAUGGGUAUAGUGGUCAGAAAUGCUCCGCGUGUUCAAGAAUUUAUGUUCCAGAAUCCAAGUGGGCAGAGGUAAGCUUUCCAUUUACCUCAUUGUUUGAAAUUUGCAUGGCAGGAUAAACUCGCAAAUCUCAUUAUUUUAAAAAAAUGCCAUAAUAAGGUAACUUGAACAAUAAACGCCACGAAUGUUGUAAUCGCUAAAUAAAAUUGUUUUAAAAGUUUAUGUAAUAAGGUGCUGUCUGUAUAAGGCGAAGGAAGGAUUUUCAAAUAAUGGGGCGCUAGCCAUUUGAAUGGAAUUCCUAGUUAGAAAUUUCCAUCAAAUGGUACAUACCUCAUGCUCCCAAGCUUGAGGUUAACGCUCAUACUGUAAAUUAAGGCCCCGAUUAUUUUGCAUCCCAAUUUAUGAUUAGAGAGGGAAAAGGAGGCUCCGUAGGUUACUGUACAGACCUAGAAAAUGAGUUUAAUUAAAUAAUUAACUUCAACCAAUGCAAUUAAUAGCGUGGAGGCGCGGUGGCUUAUGGAUCGGGUGGUGAGGGUUCGAGCCCUGGCCGGGGUCAUAGUGUGGUGUUCUUAGGCAAGAAACUUUCACAGUGCUUCUCUUCACCCAGGUAUACAAAUGGGUACCAGCAAAUAUGCUGGGGGUAACCCUGCGAUGGACUAGCAUCCCACCCAGGGGGAAGUAGCAAUACUCCUAGCCGCUUCAUGCUAAGAAAACCGGAGUUAAGCACCGGCCCCAUAAAUAAAGUCUUUACUUAAUUACUAAUACAACUAAUAUACCUGUGAUUUUUUGGUUUUUACUAGUAGUCCUUUUUCUUCAUACUUUAGGUUAAGGAACUUCUUAUCCAAAAACACAAAGAAUUGAAAAUGGGGUCGGUAAGUAAGCUUGCUACAUAAGAGGUUUUCUCGACAUCUUAUCUAGGGUACACUGAUACAAUCUUUAAUUUUAACAAGCCUUGAUUGUCACGCUUCAUACAGUAAUUUUCAAAUGUUUGUCGAAAGUAAUCUGGGAUUGCAUUGGUUUUGCUUCAAUUUGCUUUGUGAGUGGUCCAGAUAAUUCGUGCCACUCUCUCAAACAAUCAGAUUCGAAACUAACACCGAUCUCGUCUUUUUUGCCCUCGUUUGUCUGCGCUUUUGAUACGCGAUUUACUCGUAUUUACUUUGCCUUUUCAUUGACUUCUUGUGUUAUUUUUCCUAGUUCUAAUUGAUUGUUGUGAUGACUUUGGUUUUGCUUUAACGACACUUGAACGAAAAGCGCUGUAACCAGUUGUUAAAAUGUUAUCUCUCAUUGCAGCCAGAGGAUUAUGAUACCUUUGUAUCAGCGGUUAUUGAUGGCAAGGUAAAACCCUUUUACCUAAUUUGUGAUCCUGAGGAAGUACAUAGCUAGGUUUGUGAUUAACAUUCCAGUGACUUUUUGUCUUUUUUUUUUCAGUCGUACAAGAAAAUAAAAGAGUACAUCGAUUAUGCCAAAGAAAGCCCAGAUCUCAGUAUUAUUGCCGGAGGAAAGUGCGAUGACAAGUGAGAUUGACUUGAGUUUACCAGAAGGAUGUUUCCUGUGCGCUGCUCAUAGUGUUAUUAUUAGGAUAAUAGUACAUUAUGAUAAUUAAGUAAAUGUUAAGUUUCUCAGUGAUUUCUUGUUCAUACCCUCCUCUGCAUGACACCGAUUAUUUACAAUUUGAUUUUCGGAGGGUACCGUUCUACUUCAGGACGACAUCGUCCGUUUCCGCAAACUUGCGUCCGUUUCCAUCUGAUUUCGGACACUUGCGCCCGUUUUAUAGCCUGCAGAACGGGCUUAUUUUCAUCCGUUUUGUAGGCGAACGGAGGCAUGCGCGAGGUGAGCGCGAAUUGCUCUUCCCUCGCGCGACUCGCACUUCGCGCUCGCCACGCACUUGCCUCCGCCUGCCACACAAAAUUACGCUUGUUCUGCGGGCUAGAAAAAAGGGCGCAGGAGUCCCAGAUCACAUGGAAACAUGCGGAAACUGACGUAAGUAAACGCAAACUGACGAUAUCUUCCUGAAGUAGACUUUUUGUGCUUCUGGUUUCGGAAAAUUGUAUGUUUUUGGACGAUACCAUCUGGUUUCGGACACUUGCUUCCGUUUGCGGAAGAUCGCGUCUGUUCUUGAACAGUACCGUUCGGCUUCGGACACUUCAGACAAAAAAAAUAGCAGACUUUCGUCCGCUUUCGGACACUUGCGUCCGUUCUUGGACGGUAUUGACUGGUUUCGGACAUCGGUUUUCAGACGUUUUGGUCCGAUUUCAAAAACUGGGUCCGUUUUCGUAACGAUAUCCGCUGAUUUCAGACACUUCUAGAAGUCGAUACACGACAAAAGUGGAAAUAAGAAUAAUGAAAUUUGCGAGGUAUAACUUGUACUUCGUAUACCUUUAGAAAACUGUGUUCUUAAGUAAUUUGAAAUCCUUUUCUUCUUCUUCCUUAGUGUGGGUUAUUUUGUUGAACCAACUAUCAUCGAGACUAAGAAACCCGAUGACAAACUCAUGAACGAGGUAAACGCAUUUCUGUCAAAAGUUUUCUUCUUUACGAUUUAUAAAUUGUACUGUUCUGAUUACUGCCUCAUUCAUUUCUUUUAAUUUUGUUUGAUUCUGUCUAAUUUCUUCUUCAGGAAAUUUUCGGCCCUGUUCUUACCGUAUACGUAUACCCAGACCAAAAAUGCAAGGAGACGCUUCAAUUAGUAAGAGCACUGUUAGCUAAUAUAGGAGUGUAGUUGUCAACGGUUUGUUGAAAAUUAUUUAGCAUUGUAUUGGUUUUUUUAAUUUACUUCACUUUGUGAUUGGCGGACUCUCAACCAAUCAGCUGAUAAAUUUAAAACCGAUUUCAAACCCGGUUAAUUGUUUUCCGCUGCCUCGUAGGUAGACAAGACUUCUCCAUUUGCUCUGACCGGGUCCAUUUUUGCAAAAGACAGGUUAGUAUUUAUCUGCUUUGAGUCGAAAUUAGAUAUGUUAGUGAACCGAAAGUGCGUUUACUCUUGUAUUUUGGGAUGAAAAACCUUGCAGAUAUUUUAUCCAAGAAGCAGCUGAUAUUCUGAAAGAUGCAGCUGGUAACUUUUAUAUCAACGACAAAUCAACUGGAUCUGUUGUGGGUCAGCAACCUUUUGGAGGUGCGCGUCUUUCAGGUUAGUUUUCCACGUCACUAUCUCAUCCCUUUCGAUAUUCCUAUACACUUUUAAAACGAUAUAACUCCUUGGCUCUUGUGGUUGUUUAUAGUUUUGAUUUAUUAUUCCUGCGAGACAGCUUGCUUUCUGGCUACCAUAUCGGUGACAAGGAGCUAAAAUGAUCCUGGGCUCGAGAUUGCCUGACAGCUAGAUUUUGGACCGCCUCGUAGUCGCUUUAGCGUUUGCACAUGCGUAGACUUUUGACCGCUGCGGUCACUUUGUGGCUUGCCGUUCAUAGUAGUAAAAUAGGUAAUUUAGUGUUAACAACUGAGUUGAAAACGUAAAUUCGCUACCGUAAAGGGUAAAAAAGCUGACGUUUCGAGCGUUAGCCCUUCGUCAGCUUUUUUACCCUUUACGGUGGCGAAUUUACGUUUUCAACUCAGUUGUUAACACUAAAUUACCUGCUAUACUCUCCCACCGAGGCAGCACCACAGUUUCUUUAGAAACUUACCCCUUUAUUCAUAGUAGUAAAGUGUUUGAUUUGUCCCCAUGGUAACCACUGGUUUAUUCCAGGAACAAAUGACAAGGCAGGCAGCUCUCAUUACAUCUUGAGAUGGGUCUCACCACAAAGUGUUAAAGAAACCGUGGUACCAAUCGAUGACUACAAAUAUCCGCAUCAAUCAUGAAUUACUUCAGUCAGUGCUGUAAUUUUCUGAGAAGAACAGAAUGUAUUCGAUGGUUUCAAAGCAAAUUUCUGCUCUCGCUAAGGGCGGGAGUGAAUGCAGUAAAGGAAGUAAGGAAGAAUUCGGAAACUGUCCAGAAAUCAUCGCAAAUGAUUUGCAGUUUUAAAUGAACGAUUUUUUUAACAAGCGUUUCAAAAACGUUGGGAACGAGAUUGCUCUAUUUACUUGAAAUUUAAUUCGAAUAAUUUUGGGAAAAUUUUGUACAGAAGAUGCAUUGAUAUCAAGUCACACGUAGUGAAAAUGUGCAUGGUUUCUUAUCAAGAACAAAUGUCUUGAGA